AUGUCUUUCGGCAAACUCUACAGCUACCCGGGCAACCCGCGCACCACUGCUCUUCUCGCAGUCGCAAAGGAGAAUGGCCUCGACAUCGAGCAGGUUCACACUGAGCCCGCCAAGGGCGUUUCCACCGAGUACUUGAAGCUCAACAAGCUCGGAAAGGUCCCUACCUUCGAGGGCGCUGAUGGCUUUGUCCUCAGCGAGACCCUUGCCAUCGCCGUCUACUUGACCUCCCAGAACGAGAAGACCACUCUCCUCGGCAAGACCAAGCAGGAUUACGCCUCCAUCCUCCGCUGGUUGUCUUUCGCCAACUCUGAGAUCCUCCCUGCCCUUGGUGGCUGGUUCCGCCCCAUCAUUGGCCGUGACCCCUACAACAAGAAGAACGUCGACGAGGCUUCCAAGGCUGCCCUCAAGGCCGUCCACGCCGUUGAGGAGCACCUCCUUACCCACACCUACCUCGUCGGUGAGCGCCUCACCCUUGCCGACUACUUCACUGCCAGCAUCCUCGCUCGUGGCUUCCAGUACUUCUUCGACAAGGCAUGGAGGGCCGAGAACCCCAACGUCACCCGUUGGUACGAGACCGUCUACAACCAGUCCAGCUUCUCUGCUGUUGCCGGCAAGCUCGAGUUUAUCGAGGAGGCCAUCAAGUACACUCCCCCCAAGAAGGAGGCCGCUCCCAAGAAGGAGCAGCCCAAGGCUGCCCCUAAGCCCAAGGCCGAGGAGCCCGAGGAGGAUGAGCCCGCCCCUGCCCCCAAGGCAAAGCACCCUCUUGAGGCUCUCCCUCGCGCCACCUUCGUCUUGGACGAUUGGAAGCGCAAGUACUCCAACGAGGAGACCCGUGAGGUCGCCCUUCCCUGGUUCUGGGAGAACAUGAACUUCGAGGAGUAUUCCAUCUGGAAGGUUGACUACAAGUACAACGACGAGCUCACCAUGACUUUCAUGACCUCUAACUUGAUUGGUGGUUUCUUCGCCCGUCUCGAGGCCAGCCGCAAGUACAUCUUCGGUGCCGCUUCCGUGUACGGAGUCACCAACGACUCCAUCGUCCAGGGUGCUUUCGUCAUCCGCGGACAGGAGGCCCUCCCCGCCUUCGACGUCGCUCCCGACUUCGAGAGCUACUCUUUCACCAAGCUCGACCCCACCAAGGCCGAGGACAAGGAGUUCGUCGACAACCAGUGGGCGUGGGACAAGCCCAUCACCGUCGAUGGCAAGACCUACGAGUGGGCUGACGGCAAGGGAGCUGGUGGCGGUCCCAGCGAAGAUCAUGUAACGGGUUUCCUCGUCCGAUCCAUCUCCUCCAAAUGGGCCAAGAAUUCGGUUCUUGCAGUCGAUGCAGGGUCCCAUCUCGCUUCCAUCACUCGCAUUCUUGAGGAUCACUUUCCCCUUGUCGCAGAUCUCCCAGAAUCUACCAUCGAGUCUGCGCCAGCUAAUGGAACUGGGCCCAUAAACUGCACCGACCAAGAAUCUCCUUCACCAGGAACAGCGCCAGUGUCGUCACCCGCAUCUGGCUCGGACGUGGCUACACCUGCGACCGUUGACGAACCCUCGCCAAUCAUCACUGUCCUCGAAGAAGGACCUUUCGCGGGCUUACCUUUUCCCCACGCGAGUGCAAGAGCAAACGCAUUGCACGUUGUUAGAGAGCAUGUUUCCACCUAUCUCAUCACGCAUCCACAUCUGGAUCACGUAUCUGGUUUUGUGAUCAAUACCGCCGCUUUCCAUAACACGUCACGGCCAAAGCGAUUAGCGGCGCUUCCAUCCACUGUACAUGCGAUUAAGACACAUAUCUUCAAUAACGUCAUCUGGCCGAAUCUUACGGACGAAGAUGGCGGUGUUGGAUUAGUCACCUUCCAGCGUUUGCAGGAAGGCGGCAAUGUUGCACUUGGCGAGGGUAGUGGACGAGGCUAUAUUGAAGUCUGCGAUGGUCUCGGUGUCCGGGGCUUCAAAGUCAGCCACGGUCAUUGCAUGCAAGGGCCUGGGCAUGUGCAUCGAAUCUCCAAUGCCAACACAAAUCCAGAAACACCUGGACUACCACCAACUGCUACGCAUGCACACCAUUCAUCCACUGCUGAAGUCCGGGAAGGUCGAUCUUUGAGCUUCUCCUUGCCGACCCAGAGCGCUCCCGGAACGCCAAUGUAUACCGGCGGUCCCAAUGAACAAGCGCGGACGUCCAGCAUCGGAGGAUCAAAUCAAUUCGAACAGUGUGUCAUAGAUUCGACAGCAUACUUUAUUCGCACGGAGCCGGGCCCACACACACCUACGAAAGAGGUUCUCAUAUUCGGCGACGUCGAGCCAGAUUCGUUAUCACUUUCUCCGCGCACCGCUCAAGUAUGGGCGGAGGCUGCACCGAAAAUCGCUGCGGGAACUCUAACUGGUAUCUUCAUCGAGUGCAGUUACACCAACGCCCAAGGCGAUGCCGUUUUGUUCGGCCAUCUUGCGCCGAGGCAUCUGAUUGCGGAACUGCAAAACCUGGCUGGAAUGGUAAAGCAGGCACGCAAGGACCAUGCGAGAGAAAGAGAAGAGCUGAGGAGGGAGCGGAAGAGGAAGAGGGCAAGCAACGGGCUCUCAUCCGGCCUCGACAGCGUCACGUUUGAUACGGCACGAAAGAGCAGUAGAACCCGCUCUUCGAUCCUCAAAGAGGGGAAGCUGGAAUUAGACGACGAGAUCAUGUCCGACUACGCACCUUCGCCUACUCCCGGUGGCAUCAAGGGGGCCGGUGGCUCGGACACGCCCAUCCAUCCCGGAUCGCACCCGUCAGCGCCUGCUGCGCUAAGUCUCACAGGCGUUUCCGCAGAGCAUGGCAAGGCCAUGAUGAGCGCUGCAUUUGAUGCCCCACUCAAAGGGCUAAAGAUUGUCGUCAUCCACGUGAAGGAUACCCUGAACGACGGACCGCGAAUAGGCGACAUGAUCCUGCAGGAAUUACAAGAAGCAGAGAAAGUGCUGCACGACCAAGGCAGGGGACUGGGUUGCGAGUUCAUCAUCUCAAAGAGUGGCGAGAGUUAUUUCUUCUAA